GAUCUACGCAUGCACCCUAGAUCUAAUACAAUAGGAAUGACACUAAUCACUAUUUCACUAGCACUGGUACUAAUUGCUAGUCAUGUUACAGCUCAGGAUUGUGUCCGUGCUAACUCUGAUGGAGCAGACAGUCUGCCUAUAUAGCUUUGGAGACCCAGGAAACCGUGCCCCUCAAAUGGCUGUGAAUCCGAUCCAAGCCAUUAUUAAAAGCUACGAGUUCUAUAUAUACUGCUAUGGGAGAGUUGCUGGUUAGGCUGCGUAUGUAGACGCUGGUGGUGGUGCUCAUACUGAGGUGUACUCAAUAAAGUUCCAGAUAUGGAGGUCUAUGGGGGAUAACAGAUUUGUUAAAAUCGGAGAGAACUCAUUUCCUACACUGGCUGAUGCUAGUCUCAUAGCCAAAGCCAUUAACUUGACUUCCAACCAGGAGAUGUGGUUGGUUACAAUCUCGAGCAGGCUGGUGACAAUAACGGAGGUCUGUUAAUUGUUUGAUAGUAACUUCAAUGUUGAAGAGCUAUGGUAUACGACUGGUAACUCUGACCUACAAAAUGAGUGCUUGUUGGAAGAGCAAUGCAGGGGACCUCAGCAUGUCUACAAACCUUGGACCAAUCAUCUCGAGUGAGUAUCAAUCUAUGUGCACUUUGUAACAGCUAUAAUAUAGUCUAUGUGCAGUGCAGUUAGUGGUUUUGUAACUGCUGCUGUCAUGUGUAGGGUACAUGUAGCUCUUUUGUUUUGUGAUAUGUUGGGCUAUUAAAUCUUGUGGCUCUGCCUCUUUAGUGAUUCGUUGGUUCCUGUGUCCGAUAUUAUGUUUAUUUUGUCUGAUUAAUCAAUUUAUCAGACACACCACAUUUUGGUGUAUAUUUUUGGAGGUUACAUUGUUUAUAGGUAGAUCUAUUGUCAGGUGAAAAAUCAGCUUGUUUCGCCCAUCCGUUCUCCUCUGGCAGCUGUCUGAUUAUAUGUUCUGUCUGACAAUUGAUACUUUAUACUCUAGCGCACGCAUUGAAAUUAAAUAUUGCAAGUGCAAGUUUCAAAUUGCACACGUGAUCUAAACGUUGCAUUUUUGUGGUUAAAUUAUGUCACUAUGUGCGGGCACCCUUAACCUACAAAUAUUCAGUACGUCUGUGCAGAUCAGACUGAGUGGUGAGUAAAGAGCUUCUGCUGUAUUGCAUUUUAGAUUGUCUCAAUAGCCUGUUGUGAGUAUGAAGCUGCUUAUCGGUGUCUCCUUGGUGAUGUCCUCCAUAGGACUGCUUGUGGAGGGUUAUUCAAGUGGUGCACCUGCUGGUGCCUGUGAUAGCCUCUCCCCCAUUCAUUUAGCCCAGCCACAGGCCAGUGAUGUCCCCUACGCUAUUAGUCUCAUGCCCUUCUAUAAUGCUAGUGACAACUCUUUUACAUUCUACCUUGGAAGAACCUACACCUUGUCGAUUGCUAACGCAACUGUUGGAGGCACUUUCAGAGGAUUUUUCGUGCAAGCAAGGCUGAUGAACGAUGAUACCACUCGUGCUGGAGUCUUCGCUCCAACAGGGCCAUUGGCAGACCAAAGCAGACUCAGCAGCUGUCCUAUUAACACGGAUGGAGUCACCCACAACUCACCUGCUGAUAAAGACAUCAUUUAUUUCACUUGGACAGCUCCUAUGGGUAACACUGGAGAUAUCAGAUUUGGAUUUGCUGUAGUUGAAACACGGAUGACCUACUGGGCCAAUCAGCGAACGGGAGUGGUUCAGCAGGCUCCAAGUACAAUAGUUACUACUACUACUGCUGCACCUGGUACUACUGCUGAACCUGCUACUACCACGACACAGAUUCAACCUACUCAGACCACAUUACCCACCAACAACACCAUGUCUACUGCCGAUACGACUGUGUUUGUUAUUGCUGGUGUAGUUUCAACUGGUGGUUGUAGUAGCCAUAAUCAUAUCUAUUUCUACCUUGAUAUGCAUAAAAAGGCAUGGCUGCAUGGAGAGAAUUGAAGAACAUAAUACAGAACCUAUGUACGACUACAUCGAUACUGAUCCGGGUGACAUUAAUACAAAUGGUCACCCACAAGAAAUGAGACGAGAGUUAGACAGCCAAGCUCUGACAACGCCCCCUCCACAUCCACCACAGAGAUUAGAUCUAAUAAUUGGCACUGAGAAUGAAGCUUAUGGAAGAUUGGGCAACUCUAGUGAGAUUUCACAAACACAAGGAUUAAAGUUCCGUAUAUCAGAUAGGGCCGGAUUGGUUGUCACGGUAGCAAAUGAUGACCACUGCAUUGGUACAUUGAACAAAGCAGGGCCAGAUCCAGUAAUUAGCAAGAACGAAGCUUAUGGAAGAUUAGGCAACUCUGGUGAAAUUUCACAAAUACAAGAAUCAAGUGUUUCAAACCAUGUUAUGUCAGAUAGCGGAUUGGUUGUCACGGUAGCAAAUGAUGACCAAUGCAUUGAUGUAUUGAGCGAAGCAUGUAUAUGAUGGAGCUGCAUAUGCACAGAGACACAUGCAUGGGACUCUGAUCUAGUAAUGUGUGACUGCUAAAACUGAGACUGAAGAUUAUGUUAUAGGCAAUACAUUUACUAUAGGUCUAGCAUCCUUAGAGAAUGUGCUGUGUGUUGGGUAUUAUCUCAUACAGUG